GUUCCAACGGACACGGCCCUGUUGAUUAUGCUUUUACUUCAAUUCACACAUCCAGAGUGGUUGGCAUUAUUGAGGUUAAGGAUAAAGACCUUGUACAAGAUGUUGCGCAAAAUUCAGUACAGU